AUGCGUCUCCCACGAUUCUCGAGCAUCUUUCGCACGUUCUUCACCUUCAGUAACGCAACAGCCCGACUUCAAUCACUACCACGGGCCACCGCCAGCUUCGCCCCCGUCCAUCGCGCCAUUGUCUUGAAUUCCAUGCCAUCGAUCCCUUUCUUGGGCUCUCUGUUUGGCACAUCUACCUCUGCAUCCCAAAAGAUGUCGCACCCAGAUUCCAGGUCGGAUGAUGAGUGGAAGGCCGUCUUGAACCCAGAACAAUUCCGUAUCCUUCGUGAAAAAGGCACCGAGCCCCCCUUCACCGGCGAAUAUGACAAGCACUACCCAUCCGAGGGCGUCUAUACAUGCGCCGGCUGCAACGCACCUCUCUACAAGGCCAACCACAAGUUUAAAUCGGGCUGUGGCUGGCCCGCGUACUUCGACAGCCUUCCUGGCGCCGUGACGCGACACACAGACAGGACCUUCGGCAUGGAGAGAACGGAAAUUGUCUGUUCGAACUGCGGUGGGCAUUUAGGCCACGUUUUCAAAGGCGAAGGUUAUCCUACACCCACGGACGAGCGGCAUUGUGUCAAUAGUAUCAGUCUGAAGUUUCAUGAGCAGGAGGACAAGGCAGCGGGGAACGGCGAGGCAAAAUGA